AUGGGCUGGCGCGCCGAGCAACCGCCGCACAUCGCCGCCGGCCUGCUCUUCUUGCUGCUAGUCUACCUGCCGGUCACCUGCCAUCAAGAUCAUCAAGAUGCUGUACACAUCACGGCCAUCCUCGGAGAGAGCGUCGUAUUCAACUGCCAGGUCGACUUCCCCGAAGACAUCCCUGUGCCGUACGUGUUGCAGUGGGAGAAGAAGGUAGGCGAAACGGGACAGGACAUUCCCAUCUAUAUCUGGUAUGAGAGCUAUCCGACGCACAGCGGCGAAGGUUACGAGGGCCGAGUGUCGCGAGUGGCUCCCGACUCGCCCUACGGAGCCGCCAGCCUCAACCUUACUAAUAUUAGAGAAUCGGAUCAGGGUUGGUACGAGUGCAAGGUGGUGUUCCUCAAUCGAUCUCCAAACCAACACAAGAAUGGCACCUGGUUUCAUCUGGACGUACACGCGCCACCUAGAUUCUCCAUCACACCGGAAGACAUUAUAUACGUCAAUUUAGGUGAUGCCAUAAUCCUAAACUGUCAAGCCGAAGGAACACCAACUCCCGAAAUACUAUGGUACAAAGACGCGAACCCAGUGGAGCCUUCGGGAACUGUUGGUAUAUUCAACGACGGAACUGAACUGAGGAUAAGCAACAUACGACAUGAGGACAUUGGAGACUAUACAUGUAUAGCGAGGAACGGGGAGGGGCAGGUGUCACACACGGCCCGCGUCAUCAUCGCCGGAGGAGCUGUCAUUACUAUGCCACCAACGAACCAAACGAAACUGGAAGGGGAAAAGGUGCAAUUUUCUUGCGAGGCGAAGGCUCUACCGGGGAAUGUAACUGUGAAAUGGUUCCGCGAGGGGGCGCCGGUGGCUGAAGUGGCGGCUUUGGAGACCCGUGUGACUAUCAGACGAGACGGAGCCCUAGUCAUCAACCCCGUAGCCGCAGAUGACUCCGGACAGUACCUGUGUGAAGUCUCCAACGGCAUCGGCGAUCCUCAAAGCGCCUCAGCGUACCUCAACGUCGAAUACCCAGCGAAGGUGACUUUUACGCCGACAGUACAAUACCUGCCGUUCCGCUUGGCGGGUGUAGUUCAGUGUUACAUAAAAGCCAACCCGCCCCUUCAGUACGUCACGUGGACGAAGGACAAAAGACUGUUGGAGCCGUAUCAGACCAAGGACAUAGUUAUCAUGAACAAUGGCUCGCUGCUGUUCACACGCGUCAAUCAGAACCAUCAGGGAAGAUACACUUGUACGCCGUAUAACGCACAAGGAACACAAGGAUCUUCAGGUCCUAUGGAGGUGUUGGUACGUAAGCCGCCAGUAUUCACAGUGGAACCCGAGCCUUUGUAUCAGAGAAAAGUAGGAGAAUCAGUGGAGAUGCACUGCGAGGCUCAAGAGGCUGAAGGAACGCAGCGGCCGAGCGUAGUGUGGAGGAGACGAGACGGACUCCCGCUACAGAAGAGUCGAGUGAGGGCGCUAGGAGGAAACAUCACCAUCGACACGCUCAGGAGACAGGACUUCGGUAUAUACCAGUGUGUGGCGUCCAACGAGGUGGCAACGAUAGUAGCGGACACUCAACUAGUUAUAGAGGGCACGCAGCCUCACGCGCCGUACAACGUGUCAGGCACGGCCACUGAGUUCCAAGUGACACUACGCUGGCAGCCGGGGUACGCGGGCGGACCGGACUAUAAACAGGACUAUACCAUAUGGUACAGAGAGGCUGGCUUCUCGGAGUGGACUAAAGUACCAGUCACGCCAUCUGGUGCUACCUCGGUCACAAUAAACCGUCUCCAACCUGGUACGACUUACGAGUUUCAAGUGAACAGUAAGAAUACUAUCGGUGAAGGAAUGAUGAGUAAGGCUAUCACUAUAAGGACUCUUGACGUAGGUGCCAAGCCAAAGGCCGCCCCUACCGCCGCGGGGCCGGUAGAUGAAAAGAUAUUUCAGAACGCACCCGAAGGCUCCGGUCCAAAAUCCGGACCCCCUCGCAACUUGACAGUCACCGAGGUCCACAAUGGUUUCUUGAUAACAUGGCAAGCGCCUUUGGAGCGGUCUCACUUGGUUCAGUACUACACUAUCAAGUACCGCACAGACGCUCAGUGGAAGACACUCAAUAGAGGACAGAUAAGACCCGAGGAGACCAGCUAUUUGGUCAAGAAUCUAGUCGGAGGCAGGACGUAUUAUUUCCGCGUACUCGCCAACUCCGCGACCAGUUACGAGAGCUCUGAGGAAGUGAAGUUUCCUGUACCUGCGCGGGUCAAACACAAGGCCAUAACGGCCGGGGUGGUCGGAGGGAUAUUGUUUUUCAUAGUGGCCAUCAUACUGUCGGUCUGCGCCGUCAAGAUAUGCAAUAAGAGGAAGCGCCGCAAACAGGAGAAAGCAUACAACAUGGUAGCCGCGCGCCUCACCGACCUGCGCGCCGCUGACAGCACUCAAGUGCCUUUUAAGAAAUUUAGAGAAAGCGGAAUAUCGAGUUUAGUACAAUGUCUGCGAUUCACUGCGAACUGGGUGUGGCCGGCGUCCCGUUGCGGCGACGAGUCCCGCGUGUGGGGCGGCCGCGUGUGGCCGGCGCCCGUGGCGUCCCUGGCGGAGUCCCCGGCACCCUCGCCGGCACCCUCCGCCGCACCCUCCUCCUCGGACGACGGCGGGUUCCUCCCGCGUCUGCGCGCGCCGCUGUCCCCCGCCGCCGCGCCGCCUCUGUUCCGCGCGUCCUCGCCGGCCCUCACCCUGUCCUGGCCGCCAUGGCCUUCUUGGCCGUCGUGGCCGGUGUGGGCGCCCGCCUGGACCCCGUGGUCGCCUCUCCACAUCUCCGACCUCAGCUCGGUGCCCUUCCCCAGUUCAGCGGACGGCUCGUUCCCGACGCCCCCCUCCUUCCGCUCCCGUCCCCCGCGCGUCUCCCUCGACGUUCCGUCGCGAGUGUGCGUGCUCGGUCGGCCCCGGGCCCGGCCGCCGGUCCGUCACGCCAGGCCCCGGCCGCCGGUGGAGCCGCCCGCUCCGCCGCCGCACGAGGCCUCUCCCGAGAGCAGGUCGUCGUCGAGCGGGUUCGGCAGUAAGAACGCGUCGUCGUCCCAACACAACCGCAGCAGCCGCACGGGCAGCCUGGCCGAGUGGCGCCCCCCGCCGUACCGCCCGCCGCCGCCCCCGCCCGUGUCGCGGCCGGGCUCGGGCCGGCUGGAGGCGGCGGACGCGGGCUCCGUGGACGUGCACUACGAGUUCGACCGCGCGACCCGCACGCCGACCCCCUCCACGCCGGAGCGGACCCGCGCGCGGCCCUCGCGGGAUGACGUGGAGGCCCGCGUGCGCGCCAUGAAGGAGGAGUUCCUAGAGUUCCGCAAGCGCCAGGCGCUCCGCCGCCGCUCCCCGGAGCCGCUGGGCGCGCCGCCGCCCCUGUCCCCGCUGGCGCCGCUGUCCUCGCUGGCGCCCGCCGAGACCGUGUGCUGA